AUGUCCAAAAGAUUUCGUCGCGAAGAAUAUUUAUCACCGAAUGCACAACUAGGUGAACUCAUCGAAAAUCUAAAAGAUGACGUACCCGAUUUCCUCGAAGGCCGAACUUUCACCCAGCAUGAAAUCGGUCUAAUAUACGAUAUGCAUUCAGUAAUUCACAAUCAAGAGAGAAGAGAGGAGAUGGGUGGAAAGUGA